AUGCAGCUCGUAGUUCUCUCCGUUGUGCUUAUUCUACCGUCUUUUCUAAGCGGGGAAACCUUCUCUCAUACCACCGAAGUGUCCGACGAAUGCGGGCUGUAUAUUGAAGAAGGCGGAUCCCGUGAAUGCACAUUGCUAAGAUCUACAUACAAAAACUUCAAUUCAACUGCAUGCGCCGUGUUAUGCAAAAAUGGAGAACAGCGGCUGUUUCCAGAAGGGGUUUGCUCGAACGGUGCAGUGAACUGCACGUCGGAAGUGAAAACAAAGCUUCGAGAUUGGUCUUUGGAAAUGGACAAAGAGUAUUAUAAAAAGUUUGGCAACAAUCGCCCUUCUUACGGAAAAAAACAAUUUUGGUUACGGUGA